AUGGCGCGCUUCGCGCGGCCCUUCGAGCCGCCCGCGAAGCGGCCGCCGCUGCGGGCCGGGCUCCGCGCCGAGGUCGGGACGCUGCGGAGCGAGGUGGCGCUGCUGCAGGAGGAGAACGCGCGCAUGGCGUCGCAGAACCGCGAGUUCCUGGAGCUCGUGCACGGCCUCAUGGAGGACCGGCAGGCGGGCGGCGACGGCCUCGCGCUGCCGUCCUUAUGCGACGGCUCCGACGACGCGGCCGACCGGUCGUCGCGGGCCGACGCGUCGGAGCUGUCGCGGUGCGCGCGGCGGCUCCGCGUCGUCCAGGCCGUGCUCCGCAAGGCCGUGCGCUGCGCCUGCGUCGGCGCCGCGCGCCUCGACUGGCUCGUCGGCCGCCACCUCGCCGCGUCCGCGGUGUCGCGGUGGCGCGCGGCCGCGGCCGAGGACCUCGCGGUCCGCGAGGCCGCGCGCGCAACCCGCGGCGCGGCGGCGCGGCGCGUCGUCGCGCGGCGCGCGAACCGCGCGGUCGGCGCCGCCUUCCGCGCCUGGCGCCGCGCGUCCGCGGCGCCGCGCGGCGUCGACGGCGUCGCGCGCCGCGCGUGGGCCCGCGCGGCGCUCGACCUCGGCUCGUCCUACUACCUCGGCGAGGCGCAGGAGCGGCGCGAGCGCGACGACGACGACGGCACGCAGCCCCGGCGGCACGCGGCGCGCCGCGACGACCGCCGCGCGACGCCGCUGCGGAGGACGCGGCGCGCGAUCCGCGAGCGGCGGCGCGAGCGCACCGGCUGGGGCGCCGCGGCCGCGCUCGCCGAGGAGCUCACCGCGGUGUCGCGCGACUGGGCCGGCGAGGCGCGGCAGGUCGAGGUCACGCGCUGGACGCUCGGCAUGCUCGCGCGCUGGGUGUCGCGGCCCGUCGCGCGCGCGUGGCGCCGGUGGCUGCACGCGGACCGGCGGCGCCGCGCGGCGGCGGCGGCGCGGUCGCGGCGGCGGCGCGCGCGCCUCGGCCGCGCGCUCCGGGCCUGGCGCCGCGGCGCCUGCUUCGCGGCCGCGGCCGCGGACGCCGCGCGGAGCCGCGCCGCGGCGCUCUCGCGCCACCUGCGCAAGUGCCUCGCGCGCUGGGCCGCGCGGCGGCGGCGCGGGACGCUCGCGCGCGCGUGGCGCGCGCUGCUCGCGCGCGGCGCCCCGCGCGUCGCGCUCGACGCGGCCGACGCCGCCGCCCUCGA